AUGCCCGUAACUCUUGACAGACGUCGUGAAUCGUCUAGGUUUGCUGCACGUGAUCGGCGUGGCAAAGAAGCGGAUAUCUUUACGGAUCUCAAAGUAGUGGUGCCAAUUGUUGAUGAAGCAACUGUCACACAUGUAGAUCGGAUUGCUAUAUUGCGGGUUGCAUUGACUCUUUGCCGGUUACGAAAAGUUGUUACGAAAUUCCUGAGAAUUAAUCCUGAAGAGGAGCGUGAAUAUUUUUGGUCUGAAACAACAUUGCUAGAGUGUUUAGAUGGUUUUUUGGCUAUUGUUGAUCUGGAUGGUAUCAUCCUAUAUGUUAGCGAAAGUGUUUCCAUCUACCUCGGACUUACACAGACUGACCUUACGGGGCGUUCAUUGAAAGAAUUUAUUCAUACCAGUGAUUACGAAGAAUAUGUAAGCUGUGAUACUGGGAGUGCCACCGAUCGUGGAUGUGGUCGAGUAUAUACCUUGCGAAUGAAAUCAGUGAUUAGUCCACGAGGCAGAAAUCUAAAUCUCAAAAAUGCUGUAUUCAAACCAAUCAUUUGCCAUAUUCGCUCACUGUCCGCUGAGAAUGGACGUGUUCGUAUCAUACAGGCUAGUGCACAACCAGCUGGACAGGGUAAUGGCGUUUUUGCAGCUUCAAGAAAUGCCGAGGUACAAAAUGGCACUUACCUGACGCGGCAUACCUAUGAUAUGAAAUUUUCAUAUGUCAGUGAAAGUUUCAACUAUAUUCUUCGUCAUGAGUCGCGUUCUUUAAUGGGUACCUCGUUUUACAAUUUGAUCCAUCCGGCCGAUCUUGACGUCGUGGUUGUUUCGAUACGUGAAAUGCUCACAAAAGGUCACACACGGACACCAUACUACCGUUUAAUUGGUCUCAAUAAAUCAGUGUUAUGGGUGCAGACCGAAGCAGCUACUGUAAAUCAUACAACAAAGGGACAAAAAGGACAGUAUAUCAUCUGUUUGCACCAGUUAAUUGGUACGCAAAGUGAGCGAGAUUCGUUUAUAAAUGCAAAUAACAGCAGUGCAUCAUUUUAUCCGGCGCCAAUAAAGCAAGAAGUGACAGAAAGCUCGGAACCAAUGAGGAGCAGUUACAAUGAAGUAUUACAGUGGCUUUUUCGUGCUCAGCAAAGUAGCAAAUCCCCUCCAGGAUCGUUACUUUUCGGAAAUGAAAGCAAUAAAAAUCGUAUCGAGUACAACAGCGAAUCAACAGCAACACGAGUCGAAAUCACCAAUUACGGUACAAAAAACGGUAUUACAGUAUCAGGUGCUAGCAAUUAUGUUUAUGAAAACAAUUCGAACAAUGCAUUUGUACAUAACGGGAAUGGAGGAGCAGAAUUCCAUGCAUUUGCUACUGAAAUUGACCGAUGUCGACUACGGACAAACAAUGUUCGAGCAAAUUGUGGUGGAGGACCAACUAAUGGAAAUAUACGUAAUUGCACUAAUCAUUGCUUUCAAACUGAUUUUUCAGAAUCCACAACAGCAGCGAUUUUAAACACUGUACGAUUAUCUGCGGUUUCAACAGCCGAUGCAUAUUUACUGCCACAAAAUAACAUUAAUACUGGGGCAACAACUGUAACUGCAACCGGACGAAGUUCAGGCAAUAUUUUCCCUACUUUAUCUACUAAAGGUACUCAGUAUUCACGUUCCAUGACAUGCUACGAUCCUUAUCUUAACAACAGUAUUACUGCUGCUACAGCAACCUCUUCUAAUACCAUACUUGCUUUCAACAAUAAUUCCAUCCACAUGCAAUCAAACCUGUCCACAAGUCCAAUGAACUGUACUACAGAAAUUCCACGAGUCGCUUAUAAUAAGGAAAAUGGUGGUAAUGAUACGAUAGAAGGUACUGAUGAUUGGCAAAUGUUUGCACCGUUUGUAGCCCAUGAUGACAUGAUGCAACUGUCAACGGACUUACAGGGACUUUUACCGGACUUUAACUUUGUUGAUUGGAUACCAUCAGAUCCAGCCCCACUACCAAGUUUACCUGCAGAAGAAAGGGGUAUGACACUAUUGGGGAAUGUGUCGAUACCGAUGCAAAUGGCAUUCGAUCGAUCGAAUAUAUAUGCAAAUUCUAGCAUUCCGCUUCUUUCAAAACCAAAUACUCGUGGUCUUCCUGCUACUCCAUGGCGCCAACUUCAACAGCAGAAUCAGCAAUGUCAUCAAGAGAAUAUGAACACUGGAACAGCAACAGCGACUCCAUGGUUAGAAGUAGAACUUACAGCAACAUAUACUCGAUCUAACGAUUAUCCUUCUGGAAUGUUUCAUCGAAAUAAUUCUACUGCUUCUAUGCAAUAAUAGCAACAUUCACUCAGUUUACCUUUGAAGUUACUGUAGUAAGAUAAGCCUG